CGGAAGCGGAAAUACAAGGAUAGAUGGUCGGGGAAGUUCGACAAGCACUCAGCCUAAUCAGUAUUCUUGUGGUCGUGAGAAGAGUAGGAGGUAAAGAUGUCGGAGCGAAAAGUUUUAAACAAAUACUACCCGCCCGACUUCGACCCGUCAAAGAUCCCCAAGCUCAAGCUGCCCAAAGACCGGCAGUACGUGGUGCGGCUGAUGGCCCCCUUCAACAUGAGGUGUAAGACAUGUGGAGAAUAUAUCUACAAGGGCAAGAAGUUCAACGCCCGCAAAGAGACAGUGCAGAACGAGUCCUACCUGGGCCUGCCCAUCUUCCGCUUCUACAUCAAGUGCACGCGCUGCCUGGCAGAGAUCACCUUCAAGACAGACCCCGAAAACACAGACUACACCAUGGAGCACGGAGCCACGCGGAACUUCCAGGCUGAGAAGCUCCUGGAGGAGGAGGAGAAGAGGGUGCAGAAGGAACGGGAGGACGAGGAGCUGAACAACCCCAUGAAGGUGCUGGAGAACAGAACCAAGGACUCCAAGCUGGAGAUGGAGGUUCUGGAGAACCUGCAGGAGCUCAAGGACCUGAACCAGCGGCAGGCACACGUGGACUUCGAGGCCAUGCUGCGGCAGCACCGCCUGUCGGAGGAGGAGCAGCGGAAGCACGAGCAGGCGGAGGACGAGCGGGAGGCGGCGGCCUUAGUGGAAGAAUCUAGGAAACGAAGACUCCUGGAAGACUCCGAUUCAGAGGAGGAUGCUGCCCCCACCCAGCCCCAGCAGGCCCUCCUGCCCAACCCCACUGCCAUCCUGGACGAGGCCCCAAAAGCCAAGAGGAAGGCGGAGAGCUGGGAGCGCAGUGUGGGCACCUUUGGCAGCAGUCCCCAGCUGUCUGGCCUGGUUGUGGUGAAGAAAACAGACCUGGGCCGCAGCAUCCAGCGAGGAGGAGUCCUGCCCGCCCCAGAUGCAAUGAAGAACGGGCAGGUGGCUGGCCCUGCGCCCCAGACGUCUGGCACCUCCUCCCUGAGCCAGCUGGGUGUGUAUUCCGACAGCGAGGACAGCAGCGGCAGCAACUGAGCCCUGCCCCCAGGCCCUUCCCCAGGUCAAGAUCACACAGCCAGCUCCAGCCCAUGGUCGGGGCAGGAGGCCCUGGGACCAACUGGAGUCACCACCGGACAAGCACAAAUGACCUCCAAGGCUGGCGGGGUCAGCAAUGGCUUCAGCUAAGGGACUCAGUUUCUCUCCUGUCCCCCCACCUUCCCCCCUCCGGAGCUCGGGGUCCCCAGCUCACAUGGCGGCAUCCCCGGAGCAGCUUCUGACAGGCCUUUGAGGUCGUCGCGGCUGACAUUCCGAGAUGCUCUGGGCACGUGCGUGAGCCCACCCACCAGUGGUUGGCUCCAUCCCCGCCACAGAACCAUCUGGAACCCAUGAAAGGAACCUGUUGAUCUGGCCUGGGGGUACCUUCUCUCUGCCAGCAUCUGAGGAGGGGGCUGCAGAAGCAUGCAACCUAGCCAGUCCUGGACUCUUGGCUCAGAAACUGCGAGAUAAAAAAUGUUCCUUGUUUCGUA